CAGGAUUGCCUGCCAAAUAGAAAAUGAAUGUUCCAAUUAAAAUCUGAAAGUAAUGCAGGAUUCAAUAUGAGAUCAUUUCUGUUUCUAUCCAUUGUGGCUCUGAGUUCAGCUAAACCAUCACAUCGGAAUGAAUUUCUUCACUUCCUGGCUGAGCACGAUUUUAUGCUACAGGAUCCUCCCCAAAACACACCUGACAUCAUUCAACCACAACAAACACCAACCCCACAAACCACUUUCGAUGACUUAUUUUUCACAUGCCCUUCAAAAUGUGUGUGCCAAGUACGGGUAGUCCAAUGCUCUGAUGCUGGUUUGAAGUCAGUGCCAGCAAAAAUUCCGAAAGACACAGUAAUGCUUGAUCUGCAAAACAACAGAAUAACUGAAAUAAAAGAAACUGAUUUAAAGAACCUGCAUUUGCUCUAUGCACUUUUUCUGAUUAACAAUCAGAUAACCAAAAUCCAUCCAAAGGCAUUCCAGUCCAUGAAACAUUUGAAAUUGCUUCACCUUUCCUGGAACUUGCUACCUCAGAUUCCAAUUCAUUUACCAAAAUCUCUUGUGGAACUAAGAAUUGAUGAUAACAAAAUUAAGAAAAUACAAAAGCAAUCUUUUAAAGGAAUGAAGUUUUUACACGUUUUAGAAAUGAGUGGAAAUCCACUUGAUACAACUGGCAUGGAACCCGAUGCUUUUGAUGGGCUAUUGAGACUGAUUUAUGUACGAAUUUCACAGGCAAAUUUAACUUCGGUUCCCAAGAAUUUACCAUCCAAAUUGCAUGAGCUGUACCUUGAUCACAAUAAGAUUGUAUCACUGGAACUAGAGGAUUUUAGGCGAUACAAAGAUUUGCGCAGAUUGGACUUGUCCUACAACCAAAUUAAAGAGAUUGAAAAUGGAAGUUUAUCAUUUCUUCCUAAAUUAAGACAGCUUCAUUUGGAAAACAACAAAGUUAAGCAUGUUCCUGCUGAUAUAAAGAAACUGAUGCAUUUGCAGCAGAGCCAAGCCCUAGUGCCUCUGCACGGAUUGCUGCUGCUGCUGUCACCUGAUGGGCCAUUCCCCUCAUCUGUAUCCGAAACAGAAUACUUCUUUGACAGGAAGACAGCUGCAGAGGACUCCUACACUGACUGCCUGCUGAGCUAAGAUUAGUCAUGAUCAUGUUAAAAGGUGGACCAAGCUUGAGAGGCUGAAUUGCCUACUCCUACUUUUUUUGUUAUGAGAAAGAUGUAUGAGAAGGAAACAGAGAUAAAAGUCUUUGAUAGGCUUGAGAUUAACCCAGAAAGUUCACAACUGCAAUAUUGAUACAAAAGACUUCUGCUCAGAUUAGAUUCCCUACAGAAUGGAAACAGGCCUUCAAAGAGCAAUCCACCCAGACCCAUUCCCUUACCCUUACA